UACCAUUUCGUGCUAUUGCCGAUGAGAAGUAAUUAUCGUUAUUGGUGUGAAAUUAUGGACUAUUAUGUGAUCACUAGGAAGUUCCAUAAACCCAUUCUCAGAAGCACAUCCUCUAAACAAAAUCUACUAAUCCUAGGAAUGGGUGAUGUUCUUUCAUUUGUGGAAAAGGCACUGGAAGUUAUGCUUCAAGAAGAUGCUGAAGACUUGCAAAAGAAGAUAAUGAGUGCAAAGUUUGACUUUAAUGAUUUGCUAAAGCAAAGUCGUACUAUUGCACAAAUGGGUUCUGUGUCUCGAGUCCUAGGGAUGAUUCCUGGUAUGGCAAAGAAUGAAUGACGAGGCUGCUGGAGAGGUACCAGUUGCAUUCGUGGUGAGAUCAAAUGGUUACACUAACUUAAGUGAAGACGAAAUUAAACGAUUUAUCUCUAAAC